CUAAUGUACGGCAACUCUGGUCUGCGGCAAAACAAAUGCACGUGCGACGAAAUAAUUAGCAACAAAAAUGGACGAGCACGACAUAUUUAAACUAUUAACGGCGGGAGUACGGUUUACCAAGAAGCCAAAGAACCCUACCAAGCCAAGCGCAACUGUUGUCAGUUCUAAGGCUGAGCCGGAGCAGCAGCCGCAACAAGUUAAAAAGGCAGAGGAUGAAUCGGAAAACACAGAAUUUCGGCUACUCGGAGAUGCAGCCGGUGUAGCUACACCCAAGCGCAAAAAGGCCAAGGAUCAGAAAAAACUCUCAGCAGAACAGCAGGAACAGCAAAGGAUCACGGAUCAGGCGAAUGCAACAAGGAAACAGCACAGCAUAACAGCGCUGGGCAAGAACAUUCCAGCGCCCGUGUUAAGCUUUGAUGAGCUGAUUAGGGAUUACAAGCUACUGCCGCGCCUGCAGCAGAACGUACUCUCGUACGGCUUCUCCCAGCCCACGCCCAUCCAAAUGCAAGCACUACCGGUGCUGUGCCAGAAACGGGCUCUAAUGGCCUGUGCACCCACGGGUUCUGGAAAGACAUUGGCCUUUCUCACCCCCAUUAUCAAUGGCCUGCGCUCCCAUAAGACGUCCGGGCUGAGGGCAUUGGUCUUGGCCCCAACGCGCGAGCUAGCGCAGCAAAUCUACCGCGAGUGCUCGGAGCUGACGAGGGAGACGGGUCUGCGCACACAUUUCAUCAGUAAAGUAAGCGAAGCCAAGCAAAAGCAUGGCGCAGAGUGCAAGCAGAAGUAUGAUAUCCUCAUCUCCACCCCGAAUCGGGUGAGGUUCUUGCUGCAGCAGCAACCGCCUUUGCUGGACCUCAAGGGCGUCGAGUGGUUUGUGCUGGACGAGGCGGAUCGACUGAUGGAGGAGGGUCAGAACAACUUUAAGGAGCAACUGGAUGACAUCUACGCGGCCUGCUCGCAUCCCCAGAAGUGCGUAGCCUUCUUCAGUGCUACAUACACGGUACCAGUGGCCAAGUGGGCGUUGCGGCAUCUCAAGAACCUGGUGCGCAUCACAAUCGGUGUGCAGAACAGCGCCACGGAUACAGUCCAACAGGAACUGCUAUUCGUUGGAUCCGAGAGUGGCAAGCUGGUGGCAAUGAGAGAUCUGGUGCGCCAAGGCCUUCAGCCGCCUGUUCUUGUCUUUGUCCAGAGCAAAGACCGUGCAAAGCAGCUGUUUGAAGAGCUGCUCUAUGACGGCAUCAACGUGGACGUGAUUCACGCCGAGCGUUCCCAGCAUCAACGUGAUAACUGCGUGCGCGCCUUCCGGGAGGGAAACAUUUGGGUACUGAUUUGCACGGAGCUCAUGGGUCGCGGCAUUGACUUCAAGGGCGUUAAUCUGGUGAUAAAUUACGAUUUCCCUCCCACGACCAUCUCGUACAUUCAUCGCAUUGGACGCACAGGUCGUGCCGGCCGUCCAGGCCGUGCCAUUACCUUCUUCACCCAGGAUGAUACGGCCAAUUUGAGAAGCAUUGCCUUGAUCAUUAAGAACUCGGGCGGUUCUGUGCCGGAAUACAUGCUGCAAAUGAAGAAAGUUCGCAAGUCGGAGGCCAAAAUGCGUGCCAAGAAGCCACUGGAUCGCGAGGAUAUAUCCACAAGGAUACGACCAGAGGCUAAGGCAGAGACGACGACCCAGAAAUCUGCAAAGCAGCAGAAACUUCAGAAAACGGAAAAGUUUCUCAAAAAGCACGAGGGCAGGGAAAAGGCUACCAAAACGACACCCAAAACUGAAAAUGGUCUGCAAAAACUCAAGAAUAAGGCUAUUGAGCCAAAACUGAAAAAGCUGAAAAAAAUUAAAACAAAUUUAAAAGCCUAGAAAGUCAAAAAUAAAAGGCGUAAAAGUAUGUUU